GGAUCCUGAGUCGGACACUGGAUUCAACAUAGACAAAAGGAAUCGCAGAUCUUCGAUUCUGAAAUCACGAAAAAGUACAAAUCAUCCAUCAGAUGAAUCGACUACAGAAGUCUUCACUUCAGCAAAAGCAUCAAGAAGGGUCAGCUUUGCAAACAUCAAUUUUAUCAAACCUUUCGCUGCAGAUCCAGAAAAAACCACAGUAUGGGAUAGUACUUACGAAGAGGAAGUUAACCACAGUGAUUUUUCCAAAUCGGUGGAUGCGAUAAGCCCAGAUUUUCUAAAUGUAACCUCUAUCGGCUCUUCUGAGACUGUUGGCAAACCUCCAAUUCAGAUAUGGGAGUCUACUACCAACAGGACCUACACAAAUGGGGAUUUCAAGGUACCAAACAGUAUAGUGGAGUUUGUAAAAAGUCGAAAUUCUCAAAUCAAAACUGGUUCUUCAACUAGUAGAGAUUUUGAAAUGGAACUUACUUGUGAUUUUUCUAAGACCAGGAGUGGUACAGCCACUGUAAAGCCUGGAACAGAACCCAUUUGUGACGAUAUGGAAAUCAUGACGGAUUCAAAAAAUAAAACCAUCAGAUCAGCAGAUGACAUGGAAUUCACUCUCCUCACUGAUAUAGUUCCAAAGGUUGUGAACGAUGAGAUGGAAUUCACUGCUGUAGUAACUGAUACCAAACUUAUAAAUAAUGUACCAUGUUCUGAACCUAAAUCAGCAGUUUUCAAACAGUUGUAUGAUAAUAAUUUGCCAGUCAGAGCUGAGGAUAUUGAUAUGGAAUUGACCACCAACUUGGCCACAGGUGGCUAUUUUGUGAGUAACUCAAGAACUGGUAAAGUCGAAGACGCUCCCAGAUCUGUGAACCAAAUUGAAUGUACCACCAACUUACCCAGAAUUGAACAAAUGUAUGAUAUGAAUGUACCACACAGAGACAUUUGUAAUAAAUCAAUAUUGAAAUCACAACAAUUCUCAGCAAAAAAAACUAUUACCUCUGAUGUGCAGAAUGUUCCCAAUGAAGUUAACAUGGAAUUCACCUCCAAUUUACCUAUAAACAAUUUUUUUUUCGUCAAUACAGAAACUGCUUCGGACGGAAAUUUCAAGCCAGAGUGCAUAGAAAAUGAUCAGAUGGAAUUUACGAAGAAUUUGAACAGUAUCAAACACUUUUAUAAUAAUCAUCCACAACAAA